AUGCUGUGUGUUCUGUCUGCCUGUUCAUGUGUCAGCAUAACUGAGUUCCAUAAAAAAUGGUAUAGGGACUAUAAAAGCCUUGAGUACGUGCACACAUACAUUCAGUGGUUGUUCCCACUGCAAGAACCAGGAGUGAACUAUGAGGCCAGUACACUGACAACGGAAGAAAUUACGGAUUUUCUUAAUCACAGCAUUGCAAAGAAAAACCUGCUGAAGUCGUACAAGCUCAUGUUGGACUUUUAUGGUAUCGUGUUGUGUGAUGAAAAGACUGGAAAAGUCAAGAAAGCAGAGCACUGGGAAGAAAGAUUUGACAACCUUAACAGUCACACACACAACAGCCUGCGCAUCACUCGCAUCCUGAAGUGUCUGGGAAACCUGGGUUACCGUCACUACCAAGCCCCUCUGGUCCGCUUCUUCCUGGAGGAGACUCUGGUCAACGGACAACUUCCAAACAUCAGGGACAGCGUCCUCAGCUACUUUAUGUUUGCUGUACUUGAUAAGAAAAAGCGCAGAGGUCUCAUCAAGUAUGCAUAUUUGAACUAUGAGCCUAAAGAUGAGUUUGUGUGGUGCCCAAAGAAAAUCCAAAAAUUGUGGUCAAUGCAGCCCAAGGCAGCAAAGGAAGAGGCCGCUGACUCUCUGGAGUCGCAGGAGGACACUGUGAUUUCUGACAGUGAAGCACAAGAAGAGGAAAACCUGUCUGCAGAUGAGUCGUGUAACAAUGCAGAGUAUGAGUCUCGUGAGGGUGAAGAAACUUUCAGCCAUAAUGAAGAUUGAUUGAUGACAAUGAAAAGCUUAUUCAUCUUAUGCUGAAUAAUACUGAUAAAUUAUACUGUGUAUGGAGUGUAUGCAGAUCCAGUGAUUUAGUUCAACAGUGCAGUUAGUCAAAAGGCCUGAUUCUUUAUGGAAAUGUUUGCUUACUUCAGUAUUCAUCAGCUUUGAA